AUGGCAGUAGUCAUCAGGCUGCAGGGUCUGCCCAUAGUGGCCGGCACAAUGGACAUCAGACACUUCUUCUCUGGCCUUACCAUCCCUGACGGGGGAGUGCACAUUGUAGGUGGUGAGCAUGGUGAGGCCUUCAUUGUCUUUGCCACUGAUGAGGAUGCUCGACUGGGGAUGAUGCGCACAGGCGGGUCCAUUAAGGGUUCCAAAGUGUCAUUGUUGCUUAGCAGUAAGACUGAAAUGCAGAACAUGAUUGAACUCAGCCGCAGAAGAUUUGAGGCUGGGGCAGGUGCUGUUGAAACAGCUGCAUCUACAGCAGGAAAUGCUAAUCGUCAAGCUGCCACUCCUAUCCCCACAGUACAGUCAGGAGCAGGGGGUAGAAGUGGAAGUCAUGGCAACCAAGGUUUCAGUAAUACUCCUACUUCAGUCACUGCAGCAAGUUCAUCUCAGGAGCAACAGAGUAACAAGGCAGUGGCCAGUGUGGUCCCUAGCUUCCCCAACAGCUACAGCUCUGCCCCCACCAUCACCACAGCUCUGGCAUCACUCAAUGCAGGACCACCACCUAUUCCUCCACUUCCAAGCAUGCCUUCCAUGCCUCCCAUGCCCACACUACCUACCAUACCUGUUCCUCCUCCAGUCUCCUCCCUCCCUCCAGUCCCUACAGUAUCCCCUCUGUCCCAAGGACCUCCAGUACCUCCCAUGUCCCAUCUCCCACAUAUGUCCUCCUUGCCUCCCUUCAAUCCGUCUCUCCCUCCACCUGCGGGACUAGGGUCUGGCCUCCCUCUUGGAACCCCAAAUCCUAUGUUAUUCAACCCUCUUUCCCCCCUUGCUUCCCUUGGCCUACAGGCCCAUAUGAAGGCCGCUGCUGCUGUUGCAGCAGGUGGAGCAGGAGGAGCCAAUCCUGAUGAGUUGUUUGUCCUCCUACAGAACCUCCCUUUCUCCUGUUCAGAGGUGGAGGUCAGGGCUUUUUUCAGGGGUCUUGGGGUGGAUGGGGUUCACUUAAUAAAAGACGGGCAAGGCCGACCCACUGGCAGAGCAAUGGUUAAGUUUUUCUCCCCCCACGAAAGCUUUGAGGCUGUAAAGCGGGGAGGUGGCAUGAUGGGCCAAAGGUUUAUUGAAAUCACUCCAGGUUCUGAGCGGCAGUGGGCCAGUCUGAGCGAUAGCAUAACAGGCCUUGCUAGUCACCAUGGCAGCAAAUCAAAUAAUGACCAGUCAGAGCAGCUGCACCGUCGGGGUACCUCAGGGUCAGGGACAGGCAGCAGAGACCAACGAGGAAGGUCAAGAUCUCCCCAUCGACAGGAGUACUGUGUCUACCUGAAAGGUCUUCCUUACGAAGCAGACAAGAAACAAAUAAAAGACUUUUUCAAUAAUUUAGCAAUCAUAGAGGACAGCAUCUACAUUGCUUAUGGACCCAACGGGCGUGCCACGGGAGAGGGCUUCCUUGAGUUCAAAACAGAACAGGACUACAAAACUGCUCUGGGUGCUCACAUGCAGUACAUGGGCACUCGCUUCAUUCAGGUGCAUCCAAUAAGCCGGAAGGGAAUGCAUGAAAAGAUCGACAACAUUCGAAAACGUGAAGCACAGGGUGAUGGCAAGAAUCAAGAUGGGCUAAAAACUCCCAGGAAUUGUGCCCACAUCACUAACAUACCAUACAAUGUCUCCAAGAAGGAUGUUCGUGCCUUCUUGGAGGGUGUGGGGCUCUAUGAGGACACCCUUAAGGUUCUGACAGAUAGCCAUGGCAAUGGAUUAGGGCAGGCUAUCUUCCAGCUUCGGACUGAAGAAGAUGCACGCAAAGCUGAAAGACUGCACCGCCAAAAGCUUAAUGGCCGUGAUGCCUUUGUUCACCUAGUGACCUUUGAGCAAAUGAAAGAAAUCGAGAGGAAUCCCCCUCCUCAGAACAAGAGGGGCCAACGCAACCAGCACCAGAACCAGAACCAGAUGAAUCAGAAUCAAAAUCAGCACCAGCAAACUCAGCCAAAUACCCAGCAACCCCAGCUGAACCCAUUUGCAGGGAUGAGUGGAGAAGAGUUUAAUUUUCUCAGAAACACCAUGGGGAACCUCAACAGUGCCCCUUUUGUGACUCCAUUUUCAGCACCAGGGAAUGGACUGGCAGGCCCCCCUCCUCUUCCUCCUCUGGCAGCAGGGUUGGGUGAUGUGAACCUGGGAGUGGCUCCCCCACUUGUUGCUGGUCUUCCUGGAGCUCCAAUAUUGGAGCCCCCGGGCUACCGACCUGGAGCAGCUGCAGGGGCCCCAUUUGGCCAGGAUGGACUGAGAGGACUGGUGUCCUUUGACAAUGCCAAUAGGAAAGGAGGUGGUGCUGGACAGACCCGCGGCGGAGGAGCUAACAACAACCAAGGGCGUUCAGGGGGUGGGGCAGCUGGUGGACAGCAAGGCUUCGCUCCAGGGGCUGAUCUCCGUAACCAGGCCAACCCUGGGGGAUCUAGUAAUCCAAAUGGCCAGCGUGGUGGCUCCAGCCCAACAAUUGUUAAGCUACAGAACAUGCCAUUCACUGUUACAGUUGAUGAAAUCAUGGACUUCUUCUAUGGCUAUCAGGUCCUGCCAGGCUCAGUCUGCCUACAGUUUAGUGAGAAAGGCCUGCCAACUGGUGAGGCCAUGGUGGCUUUUCAGAACCACGAGGAAGCCGCGGCUGCUGUCAUGGACCUCAAUGAUCGACCUAUUGGAGCACGAAAGGUCAAGAUAAGUCUGGGUUAA